AUGACCACCUCCUUGGUCCUGAAUCCUCGCUGGGCGGACACGGUUAUGUUUGUGUAUGAAAACAACUUGGAUGAGCUGAACAAGAACAUGGAGGGUCUGGUUGGUAGCGGCAAUUUCGCGGCCAACCAGUGCAGGAAUCUGAUGGCCCACUCCGCUCUGGGGGGUCACCCCUCUAGCCUGGUGCACAGCUCCGGCUACUCCGCGGUGGAUGUAUCGGGCUCAAGCUCCGGGGAACCAGGCAAACAGUGCACACCAUGCCCCGCGGUCCCUCAAGGCUCCUCCACAGGUCCCUUACCCUAUGGGUACUUUGGCAACGGCUAUUAUCCCUGCAGAAUGGGGCGGGGUUCGCUCAAAUCCUGCACCCAGCCCAGCGCGCUCAGCUACUCUGCGGAAAAAUACAUGGACACCCCGGUCACAUCUGAAGAAUAUCCGAGCCGGGCUAAAGAAUUUGCGUUCUACCACGGGUACCCAAGCCCCUACCAGUCCAUGGCGAGCUACCUGGACGUAUCGGUGGUGCAGACUCUCGGGGCAGGAGAGCCCCGUCACGACACGCUGCUUCCAAUGGACAGCUACCAGCCGUGGGCACUGACGAAUGGCUGGGGCGGCCAGAUGUACUGCUCAAAGGACCAGAGUCAAGCCGGACACCUUUGGAAAUCUGCGUUGGCAGAUGUAGUGGCCCACCAACACGAUGGCAACUCCUUUCGUCGCGGUAGAAAGAAAAGGAUUCCGUACACCAAGGUGCAGCUAAAGGAACUGGAGAAAGAGUAUGCCGCCAACAAAUUCAUCACGAAAGAUAAGAGGAGAAAGAUUUCAGCAGGAACCAACUUGUCGGAAAGGCAGAUUACGAUCUGGUUUCAAAACAGGAGAGUUAAAGAGAAGAAGUUCGUGGCCAAAGUCAAGACCAGUGCGCCGUAGUCAGUCAGGCUUGACCUAGACGAUUUGGACGAGGGACAUUGUUUUUGCUGUAUGAACAAAAAAUGAAGGAAAGAAAACGUCGACGUGGUACAUUUUUUUUGGAUUGGGAUUUGGUGUGCUAUUUUGCUUGCGCAAUUGCAUCGCCAAUUCGUCUUUAGAAAAGAAGAAAUAAAACAAGAACCAAGCCCUCUAAAGACAUUGUUUUAGAGGCCUGUAAAUACAGCACUUGCCUGCUUUAAUGUAACACUUACGUCUGCUUAACUGUUUAACUCGUGCUAUACAUGGAGGUAUAUAUAGGCUAUAUGUUAGGUAUGUCAAUGUUGUUACUGCAGUAGAAUA